UCCAGCCUUCCUCUCCCUCUUUCCCCCGCUGCCGUCUCUGCUACUCCAGAGAAGGAAAGUCUGCGAAACUGCAACUGAGUGGCGUUGUUGCGCCGGCAGCCGAGGCUCUCCUGUCCCUCCUCACGCACAAGAGCGAGAGCAGCCGGAGCUGGGGAAGCAGCUGGGCAAUGCCCAGAAAUACUUUCCCAGCGGUCAAGCCGGGAGAGCCCUGACUUCUCACUCCCCCCCUCCCGCUCCCAUGGCCUGGCCUGACUCUUAAGCCGGUCCCGCGGGCCGUGCGCGUGUGUGGCUCGCGGUCCCACCUGCCGGGCGACGCCAAUGGCCGGGGCUGCACGCCUUCCUCCCUCGGCUGCGGCGGGCCUCUCGUCGCUGCGCCUGGCAUGUCUUCGGAGGCGGCGGAGCCUGGGCUCUCUGCGCUCCUCGGCUUAUGGACGGCGGCGGCCAGAGCAGCAGCAGCAGCAGCACCAGCGGCGCUAGCGAGCGAGCAGAGCGAAGCGACCUGCGCCAGGACCGCUGCGCCGGGGAGCGGGAGCCCGCCAUGCAUUGGCCUCAGUACUUUUCCUCAGCCUGCCUGUCUAAGCAGGGCCAUUGCCGCCGCCGCCGCCGCUAGACACAACACCACACGGCAACACCAGGAGGGGGAAAAAAUAACUGUCCAGCAUCCUCUGCCCAACCAAUCAGAAUGUAGGAAAAUCUACAGAUAUGACGGAAUCUACUGUGAAUCUACCUACCAGAAUUUACAAGCCUUGAGAAAGGAAAAGUCCCGAGAUGCUGCUCGUUCUCGCCGAGGGAAGGAAAAUUUUGAGUUCUAUGAGCUGGCCAAAUUGUUGCCACUUCCUGCAGCCAUUACCAGCCAGCUUGACAAGGCAUCCAUCAUUCGGCUAACAAUUAGCUAUUUGAAGAUGAGGGACUUUGCUAAUCAGGGGGAUCCUCCUUGGAACUUGAGAAUGGAAGGACCACCACCCAACACAUCAGUAAAAGGGAUACAAAUGUGGAAAUCUGAGGUCUGCAUGAGAAAGACACCAUGUGAAGGUCCAGGAGCUGAAGGCAAAAAAGAAAUGAUAAAUGAAUCUGAGAGAUCUAUGAAUGAAACAUGGCCAAAACUAGAAGCAGAGAGUAAUACAGAUACAAAGGAUCAGAAAAUUAUAGGUGCCCAGCGCAGGAGAAGCCCCAGUGCACUUGCCACUGAAGUAUUUGAGUCACAUUUGGGAAGUCACAUUUUACAGUCCCUGGAUGGAUUUGUAUUUGCACUAAACCAAGAGGGAAAAUUUUUGUACAUUUCGGAAACGGUCUCCAUUUAUCUAGGCCUAUCCCAAGUGGAACUGACAGGCAGCAGCGUGUUUGACUACGUCCACCCAGGAGACCAUGUGGAGAUGGCAGAGCAGCUGGGCAUGAAGCUUCCCCCGGGGCGAGGCCUCCUCUCACAGGGAACAGCAGAGGACGGAGCCAGCUCAGCAUCUUCAUCUUCUCAGUCUGAGACCCCUGAGCCAGUGGAAUCCACAAGCCCCAGCCUACUUACGACGGAUAACAAUCUAGAGAGAUCUUUUUUCAUCCGGAUGAAAUCUACCCUGACCAAGCGAGGCGUGCACAUCAAAUCCUCAGGAUAUAAGGUGAUUCAUAUAACAGGAAGGUUGCGCCUGAGAGUCUCGCUGUCCCAUGGGCGGACAGUCCCUAGCCAAAUCAUGGGGCUUGUAGUUGUUGCUCAUGCUUUGCCCCCUCCUACAAUCAAUGAAGUCAGAAUCGACUGCCACAUGUUUGUUACGCGAGUAAACAUGGACCUCAAUAUCGUAUACUGUGAAAAUAGGAUUAGUGAUUAUAUGGAUCUUACUCCUGUAGACAUUGUAGGGAAGAGAUGUUACCACUUCAUUCACGCUGAAGAUGUGGAAGGGAUCAGGCACAGUCACUUAGAUUUGCUGAACAAGGGUCAGUGUGUAACAAAAUACUACCGCUGGAUGCAGAAGAAUGGGGGUUAUAUAUGGAUACAGUCUUGUGCCACCAUCGCUAUCAAUGCUAAGAAUGCAAAUGAGAAAAACGUCAUCUGGGUCAAUUACCUUCUGAGCAACCCUGAAUAUAAGGACACCCCAAUGGAUAUUGCACAACUUCCUCAUCUGCCAGAGAAAACCUCAGAAUCCUCUGAGACGUCAGAUUCUGAAUCAGAUUCAAAGGACAACUCAGAAGACAAUGAAAAUUCAAAGUCGGAUGAGAAAGGAAACCAGUCAGAAAACAGUGAAGACCCUGAGUCAGAUAGGAAGAAGUCCGGGAAUCAGUCAGAUAAUGAAAUGAACUGUAAUGAUGAUGGGAACAGUUCCAGCAAUCAGGAUAGCAGAGACAGUGAUGACAGCUUUGAAAAUUCUGACUUUGAGACUCAAAAGGCCCCUGAAGAUAAUUUUGGCACUCUGGGUUCUAUGCAGAUAAAGGUGGAGCGCUACGUGGAAAGUGAAUCUGACUUGCGGUUACAAAACACUGAAUCAUUGACCUCAGAUAGUGCCAAGGACUCAGACAGUGCAGGAGAAGGAAAUGCUCAGUCUUCCAGCAAACAUCAAAAGAGGAAGAAGAGGAGAAAAAAGCAAAAAGGAGGCAGCAUGACCCGCAGAAGGCUGUCAAGCACUUCAAGCCCCAAUGGACUCGACACAGCAUUGGUGGAUCAGCCACAGCUGCUCUCAUCACCAAACAGUGCCUCAGUGCUCAAAAUCAAAACAGAGAUCUCAGAACCUAUCAAUUUUGAUAAUGAUAGCAGUAUUUGGAAUUACCCACCCAACAGGGAAAUCUCAAGGAAUGAAUCACCCUACAGUAUGACCAAGCCCCCAAACUCAGAGCACUUCCCCUCACCACAAGCCAGCAGUAGUUUACAUGUCUCCAUUCCAGACUCUGUUCUCACCCCACCAGGAACUGAAAAUACUGCCAGCCGCAAAUCUCAGUUCAGCACCUCAUCCAACUCAGCCUUGGCUCCCGUAUCCUCUGACCCUUUAUCGCCACCGUUGUCCGCAUCUCCACGGGACAAGCAUCCAGGAGGCCCCAGCACUUCCAACCCUUUGUUGUACACUGGUGAUCUGGAAGCCCUCCAGAGGUUGCAAGCAGGCAAUGUGGUCCUUCCUUUGGUUCACAGGGUAACUGGAACCCUUGCUGCCACCAGCACGGCUGCUCAGAGGGUCUAUACCACUGGCACUAUUCGGUAUGCUCCAGCUGAAGUUACUUUAGCUAUGCAGGGCAAUCUCCUCCCCAACACUCAUGCUGUUAACUUCGUGGAUGUUAACAGCCCCAGCUUCGGCCUGGAUCCUAAAACACCAAUGGAAAUGCUCUACCACCACGUUCACCGACUCAAUAUGUCAGGACCGUUUGGAAGUGCUGUGAGCGCAGCCAGUCUGACCCAAAUGCCUGCAGGGAAUGUGUUCACAACUGCCGAAGGACUCUUCUCUACUCUUCCUUUUCCUGUGUACAGCAAUGGUAUUCAUGCCACACAGACACUGGAACGGAAAGAGGAUUGAAAUAUGACCACAUACUGUGUUCAGUGUUAUACUCUGAGGCAUAGACUAUAUUUUAAUUUAGACCUUUAAUUCUAGCACUUUGAAUUUGAGCAGGUCAGCUUAUUCUCUCAAUAUGAUGGUCCCCCCAUUUCACCCCCUUUCUCUUUAACUUGACUUAUUCUUUAAUGUAAAAGAUUUUUUUUAUUUGCCUUCAGAGAGCUGAAGUAUUAGUUGCCUGCCAUUUUGUCUUCUUCCAAGAUGUGUAUUUUUUUCCUUUGCAUCUUUAUUAAGAUGCCUUUAAUAUGUGUAUGCCUCUGCCAUAGAAUACUCAGUGUUGUGGUAAAGAGAUUUUAAUGGGACAACCAUUCGGUUUACUUCAUGAUCUUGAUAUGAUCAAGAUUAAAAGAAACAAGCAUAAAACAGUGUGCCCUGUUUGACCAAGUCAAAUGAAAAGGGAUUUUUUUGGUUCCUAAUUCCUUUAAAAAUAGGGGAUAGUAUUUUAGAAUUUUAUGCAGAGUUUAAUUCACUUUUUAUGGUUAAGAUUUUCUUACUUGCACAUAAAAUAAUUUGUGUUCUUAAAAAGUUAAUUUCUGGCCUGUGAUUAGAAUAAUAAGAGGAUGGACUAAAUGUUAAUUACAGAAACGUUAACUUAAUUUCUAAAACCAUGGUGCUAUCAUUUAUUAAUCUGUAAUGUCUUCACACAAAUAUGCAGCUUGUGGGCUGGGGUUUUUGAAAGGAAUGUUUUCUGUACUAGUCUAUAGUCAGGUGCUGCAGUUUCUUUGGUUAGUUAAGAUAAAAAGCCCUCAUUAACAUUUGCUGCAGGACUUAAUUUUUUUUUUUACCUCCAAACUAACAAACAUAGCCUCACAUUAAAUUUAAAUGGAUCUGGAAGCUUUUUUUCCUUUUUUUGGGUAAAUGCGCUUAAAAUGAAAACUCAAUUAAAUUGACAUGGGGAUCAGAGGUUUGUUUUAGGUGUGUACAGUUUCUCUUUUUUCAUUUUCUCAGUGUAACUGGGGCUAAUUUUACAACUUCCAAAUAACACUUCAGAGUAAGGGGAAAAAGAUAUAUUUAACAUUUUUUUCAUUUAAUGUUAUAGAGCGAAGGUUGUAAUUUUGUUUGUUCGUUUUGUUUGUUGAGUUGUCUUUUGUAAUUCCCCCUCACCCCCUUCUAGUGCUGAAGCCAAUAUGUUUUCAAGAAUGGGUUAAUGAGCUUGAAAUAGGUAACUGCAACUAAAAACUGCACAUUAAGUAUUUAAAAAAAGAAAAAAGAAAAGAAAUCUCCUAUUUUGUCUUUGUUGCCAGAAAUCAGUGUAGUGUCAAACACUCCAAAUGACUGUCAAGUAUAAAUUCUUCUUCCACCCCAUCCAUUGUUGGCAGCUGUUUGUUAAGGCAUCUAAUAACAGAUGUGAGAACUGUAAUGUGUACAAUGUGUAAGUGUCCUUGGCUGUCAGUCCCAUUGCAGUUUCAAUGUGUGUUACUAUAUGCAGUAUAUACUAAGCUAAUGUAGUUGUUUUGUCCUUUGUCUUCUCUGUGCUUUAUCUCUAGUCUGGAGUGGCAAAUGCCCAUUCCUAACAGUCCUAGUGAACAAGUGAUUCUUGGGGGUUAGUGGUUUUUGUGUGGUGACCUUCCUCUGUAAUGUCACCUUAUGCUGCUUCCACUGUCUGUAUAUCUUUUCAUUUCCGCUGUUGCUUUGCUGUUGUGUAUUCUCAGAUCACUCUUUCUCUCUUCCCCCUCCCUUGCUUUGUUUCUCCCCUAUUUCUUCCUCUUUCUCUCUUUCUCCAUUCUCAGAGAUAAAGACUCUUAACUAGCUCAAGGUUAAUGGAGCCAUUUUUUCCCACAGAGGAAUUCUGGGUAUGACUUACUCUGAACAGUGUGUGACACACAAUGCACUAAAGAGUAAUACUCAGAUAUAUUAAACAAAGUGAUGCCAUAUAGCCUCAGUUGUUAACAUUUCCAGAGUCCCUUGUGCUCUAACUGUAAGUAGAUGGUGCAUUUCUUUGGUUUUCUCCCAAAUAGGUUAAUGGAGCAAUUUUCAAGUGAGAUAGAAAAUUCUUUCAGAGGUCAACUGACAUGGGUAAAAAGGGCAACUGAGCUUAGGAUUGUCAUAUAGAUAUUUUUGCAUAUAUGUGCAAUGUUAAUGUAUAAUAGCUCAAUUGUCCUCUACAUUUUGGAAAUCACACUUGAUAAACCAAACAAGCUAGCAAUUUAGAACACGAGUGGUAGGUCUGAGAAAGAAUGGAAAGGAAUGAUGCCCCAAAUAGGCAAAUUCUGAUAAUGAGUUAGAUUUGAAGGAUUUUAAGAAGAUUUCAAGACCAAGGCAAGCUGAUUCGUGUUUACUUUUGGAAGCUCUACUCUAGCUAUUGAACAAUCAAAGGAGUGCACCUAUCGGCUACAAAGAACAGCUAGACAACUGUUGUUUUUUUAUUUUUUAUUUUUAUUUUAUAAAUGUUUCUGUGUUGUGUCAAAAUGAUUUCUGGUGAUUUAAACUAACAGAUAAUCACAGCUGCUGUCUAAAUCCAUAGUGUUUAAAAUUACAAAAUGGAAAAAAAACUUCAUUACCUGUGAAGACUGUGUCUGUGUUUUUAACUAUUUCUUGUACAAAUAUAUGAAAUCUUUUAUGAGGAGACUGGUGCCAAGUAGCUGAAUAAAGGGGAAAGGGAUUCUGUUCGUAUAAAUCUUAGCAGUGUUACCAACUCUACAAUAUAUAAAAAAUUAAAAUGUUAAAAAAUGACAGCUAUGGUACUUUUAUUUUGUGUUAAGCUAACCGAAUCUAACUUCUUGAGUGCCUGGCUUAUCCGAAACAUUUUUUUCAUUGAUCAUUGAUAAUGCUGCAAAUCAGAAAUGUACAUACUUCAUUUACAACAGGGUUCUUUUUAUACUUUUGUAGAUUCUCAUACAUGUCAUACAUGGUUGUCUUUAUGUAACUUAAUUUUUUUCAUCCUGCAGGUGCCAUUUUCAUAAUAAACUUCUCUUGGAUUUGUUA